AUAAGCAAAAUAAAAGAAGUCCUUUCUACUCUUCUCUGGAAGAUUAGCAGUUUCUCUCGUUCUCACCCAGCCGCCGUAAUCGGCAGCUUCUCCUCCUCACCCCUCUCUCACCGACUCACGGUCAGUCCUCACCGCCAGCUGACGGAGUAACGCCUCGCCCACGCUCCCUCACCACCAGUUCAACCUCACGCACACAGCUCACCCUCACCCUGCUGCCACCAUUGCCAAGAUAUUUGAUUUUUUGAGAGAGUCCAUAAAACCCUUCGUUGAGGUUUUGGCUAUGGCGGAGUCUAUUAUUAGCUCUGAUAAACCCUCCACGUCGUCCCCUCUUGACACUCCUCGGAUAAUCUGCCAUGUAUGUCAGAAGCAAUUUUCACAGUAUACUUGUCCUCGUUGCAAUUCACGAUACUGUUCUCUGCACUGCUACAAGUCGCAUAGUCUUCGUUGUACUGAAUCCUUUAUGCGAGAAAAUGUUGUCGAGGAGCUUCAACAACUGCAACCUAAUGAUGAAACUAAACAAAAAAUGCUUGAUAUACUAAAACGAUUCCAUUCAGAAGAAGAAACAGAAGACAUGGAUGAGCAAGAUUCAACACUAUCCGAGGAGACCAUUAACAAGAUUUUGUCUGGAGAUCAAAUCAGUUUUGAUGAUCUAUCUGCAGAAGAAAAGAAACAAUUCCAAAGAGCUCUUGCAUCUGGAGAAUUCAGCAAGUUGAUUGAGCCUUGGGAUCCAUGGUGGCUGAGGCCUUCUGCAAGGACGAUAUCACUCAGCAGAGAAGGUACUCAACUCGUGCAGCCAGUUGGCAAAGAGGAGCUCUUGGCAUCACCAGAAUCCAGUUUAGAAAGCAACCAAACUGAGAUUCCUCCUGGCCCGGAAACCCCACUUCCUCCACUCAGCAAUCUAAGUUCCACACAGCCGUCGCCACUUUUAGCUGUACAUCUCGUUGACAUCAUAUAUAGCUAUUGUUUCACGCUCCGCCUCUACAAUGGUGAUUGGAAAACAGAUGCUGCAGAAUCUGCCUUGGUGAUGUUAAGCGUGUCGUCUGUAUUGGGUCAAUGUGCACAGCCAGUGACAGUAUUGGAGGCUUUGUCUUAUUGCUUAGAGCAAACCUGCUCUCCGGCUUACAGACAGAUGGGGGGUUUGCAAUUUGGAUUAGGCCUUAUUGAUGAUGUAGCUAGCUUACUUACUUUAGGGAACAAUGCCCUAUUGUGCUUGCUUUCGGACUUACGAAGGCUUGUUCAAGCCGGGGAAAAGGAGCUUAAGUUGGAGAAACCACGAAAAAAAAAGAACAUAGAUAUCAGAAAUAAGCUGAAGCUUGCUGAGAGGAAGAUAUAUUUCAUCAUGUGUUGGGUCCAUGAGCAACCUAGUGAAGCUUGGUCUUCCUUGGCAGCCAUUGUGAGGGCAGAGAAGGCUUCAGCUAUGGAAUAUGUUAGUGUGCCAAGGAAAUUGGACAAGAAAUCAGAACAAAAUAGCAAAGUUUUAAUUGAAGAGAUAGAGUGAAUAUGACAUAGGUGAGUCUCACUCACAAAUGUUUACGUUUAAUGAUACGUGCACUCAAAAUAUAUUAUGAACCCAAAAUAUUAUCACCAUAAUAUUGUCUUACUCUAUAACUAUUUCUUUGAACAUGCUAUUUUGAAUUCUCAAAUCUCCAAGAUUGACAAACCAGAAAGAGACAAGAGGACAUGGAGAAGACCUUGAAAAAGGGUGAAGUGAGUGAAAAGUGUCACUAACAAUAUCAUCAUCUUCUUACUUAUCAAUGGCAUCAGCCAUUUCAUCUACCGAGGUUCAUUUCCCAAGAUACUCUGUGUUUAUCUCAUGGGAACUCCCAAUUAUUAAAAUCUUACUUAUUUA